ACUCGCGACGAGCCAAUGACCGUCACUUCGACUCUCCCACUCCUCUGUCGCUUCCGCCGACACCUGAGUCUUGUCGCUGCCGCCGGGAUGGCCGGAGUCACCGCCACCGGGAUGGCCGGAGUUCCCGCCACCUUCUCCUCAGCCACCGCUCAGAUCGGGGGCUUCCUCUCGAAGAAGCCUUACGCGCCGCCGUUGUGGGCCACGCACCUCUCCCCCAUGCCUUGCCAUACCUUCUCGCUCGGCCAUUUCCCAACACCGAUUCACAAGUGGAAUCUGCCCAAUUUGCCGGAAGGAACGGAAGUGUGGAUCAAGCGAGACGAUUUAUCAGGCAUGCAGUUGAGUGGAAACAAGGUCCGGAAGCUGGAGUUCUUGAUGGCAGAUGCCGUAGCACAAGGCGCAGACUGCGUUAUUACUGUUGGGGGUAUACAGAGUAACCACUGCCGUGCCACAGCCGUGGCUGCUAAGUAUCUCAAUCUUGAUUGCUACCUGAUACUACGUACCUCCAAGGACCCUGGUUUGGUUGGCAAUCUUCUUGUCGAGAGACUAGUUGGGGCACACGUUGAUCUUGUGUCAAAAGAAGAAUAUGGAAAAAUUGGUAGUGUGGCUUUAGCUGACCUGCUGAAAAAAAGGCUUCUGGAAGAAGGGAGGAAGCCGUAUGUGAUUCCUGUUGGUGGAUCAAACUCAUUGGGAACUUGGGGAUAUAUUGAGGCAAUAAGGGAGAUUGAGCAGCAAAUUCAGCAAUCUUCUGAUGUUCAGUUUGAUGAUAUUGUUGUUGCAUGUGGCAGUGGUGGAACCAUUGCUGGCCUUGCUUUAGGAUCCAGAUUGAGCAGCUUAAAUACAAAAGUUCAUGCAUUCUCUGUUUGUGAUGACCCUGAAUACUUCUAUGACUAUGUCCAAGGCCUGAUUGAUGGACUUAAUUCUGGUUUCGAUUCACAUGAUAUAGUUAGCAUGGAAAAUGCUAAGGGGUUAGGCUAUGCCAUGAACACAGCUGAGGAGCUUAAGUUUGUCAAAGACAUAGCUGCAUCAACAGGCAUUGUCCUUGAUCCAGUCUACAGUGGGAAGGCGGUUUAUGGUUUGCUAAAAGACAUGGCUGGCAAUCCAGCCAAAUGGAAAGGUCGAAAAGUUCUGUUUAUCCACACAGGUGGUCUUCUUGGGUUGUAUGAUAAGGCUGACCAGUUGUCAUCUUUGGCUGGGAGCUGGCGCAGAAUGGAUCUUGAAGAUUCUGUUCCACGCAAAGAUGGCACUGGUAAGAUGUUCUGAUCAGUACGGUCCAUGUGAUUCCAUGAUGGCUCAUUCUUGCAAACAUUGUAUCCAUUACAGAGUUAUUACUCUUAAAUUUGUGCAAGAAAAUGCAGAAUAGAUGGUUCACAUUGUAUAGAACACUGAUGCAAUUUAAGAAUAAAGCACAUCUUUCUGCCAUUUGGAAAUAAAUAUUUUUUAUGUGGA